AUGAGAUUAGCAUCUCUUCUUAAGCCUCCACCACGCCCUCUGCUCUAUUCCUUCCUCCGCCCUCAUUGUCUCCGGAACCCUUCUCUCCCUGACAAAAGUCCCCAGAAGAACACACAGACGGAUUUUCGCCUACUUUUGUUAAAUUCUCUCUUCUAUCUUGCGUUGAACUCUUCGUUCGACCACAUAUUUUUUUCUCUUUUCUCAUUUUCUUUCUUUCUUUCUUUCUUUCUUUCUUUCUUUCUUUCUUUCUUUCUUUCUGUUGUCCGCAUUCUAUGCCUUCCAUUUUCCUUUUUCUCUCUUUCCCUCCCACUUUCUUUCUUUCUUUCUUUCUUUCUUUCUUUCUUUCUUUCUUUCUUUCUUUCUUAUUCUGUUUUUAUAUUUUCCUUUUUCUCUUUCUCUCCGACAUUCUUUCUUUCUUAUUCUAUGUUUCUUUAUUUUAUUUUUCUCUUUCUCUCCCACUUUCUUUCUUUCUUUCUUUCUUUCUUUCUUUCUUUCUUUCUUUCUUUCUUUCUUUCUUUCUUAUUCUAUGUUUUUAUAUUUUCCUUUUUCUCUCUCCCUCUCACUUUCUUUCUUUCUUUCUUUCUUUCUUUCUUUCUUUCUUUCUUUCUUUCUUUCUUUCUUAUUCUAUGUGUUUAUAUUUUCCUUUUUCUCUCUCUCCCUCCCACUUUCAUUCUUUCUUUCUUUCUUUCUUUCUUUCUUUCUUUCUUUCUUUCCUAUUCUAUGUUUCUUCAUUUUUCUUUUUCUCUUUUCCUCCCACUUUCUUUCUUUCUUUCUUUCUUUCUUUCUUUCUUUCUUUCUUUCUUUCUUUCUUCUUGCCUGGUUUGCGAUUGGACACAAUCAGUCCCUUUGAGCAUUUUCCUCCAUAAACGCAUGGCAUAUAUCAGCCUUUUUGCUUCUGCAGCAUUUCGCUCGGCGACAUGA